CAAAAUCUAGGUUACUUUUUUAAAACUACUAUAUUACAUACACACAUCUACACUACAAACACCUCUAUACUACAUACACACAUCUACGCUACAAACACCUCUAUACUACAUACACACAUCUACACUACAAACACCUCACUACAUACACACAUCUACACUACAAACACCUCUACACUACAUACACACAUCUACACUACAAACACCUCUACACUACAUACACACAUCUACACUACAAACACCUCUACACUACAUACACACACCUACGCUACAAACACCUCUAUACUACAUACACACAUCUACGCUACAAACACCUCUAUACUACAUACACACAUCUACACUACAAACACCUCUAUACUAAAAAAAACCCACCAUAUUACCAACACUUUCUACUGACACCUCUACCUGUAUAACAAUUACCACCACUUUACAGACACCUCUAUAUUACAGACACCUCUGAUUUUGAUCGACACCUUACGCAAUUUUCUGUAUCAAUGGUUACAGAUACCUCAAUAUUUAGUCAAGUUUUGACAGUAAAUUCAGUGUGAAAAAUAUACAUURAGGAGAGAAUUUWUUGAGGCAAAGAAGCAAUGAAAUCGACACUCUUUGAAACAAAAAAAAUGCCUUGAAAUUUGAGUUACUAGAACAACUACAAAAUAUUCAAAACAGAGCCAUAUAGUGAACAGAUAUUAAAUGUAGUGUAGAUUUUCCAUAUAUGACAAAUGACACAAAUUCAUAUAUUAAAAACGCAUUUUCAUAUAUUAUGUUUUUAGAAGGAAUCUUAGAAUAUCUAAAUUAAUCGAGCCCAAAGAGAUAACAAAGAGAAGUUAUAUACAUAYACACAAAAUAGUUUAAUCAUCAUGGAGAUAAGACAAGGAAAAUACCUGAGCUAUUGGAUGARAUUUGAAUGUAACAUAAUAGGUAGCUGUUUUCAGAAAGUGAUAUAGUACUUUUAACAAGAUUACAGAUCAAUUUAAGGAUUAAGGUUUUUUAGAUUAUAUAGCAAGUUAUUUAGGAAGUCAGAACAUUUAAUAUGUUGAGAUUAAUUUUACUCAAAUAACAAAUUACCAUUUUUACUAACAGAUAAUAAUGAGACUUGCCRUAAUAAAUUUUUUAGUCAAAAUAAUAAUGAAAUAAAUAAAUGUUUGUAUAGUAGUUAAAACAAUAAUUAGAGGAUUUGGCCUUUCUGCCCAACAUUCAUUAGAACAAUUUUCUCAACCUGGCACAAAAGGGCCAGCUCCUAUAAGAAAGCACGUGCUUCAGCGUACAAUUAAGCUGUGUAAAAUCCAAUGGAAAUCAGUAAAGAAAAACUGCUUAUUUCUACAAUGCAUGAUACGGCCAAUAUCCCAGGAAUAUAAUUCUUUGUAGA